GACCAACGGCGCUUGCGCCAACAAGUGUUUGUUUCUGUGCAACGCUAGUGUUCAGUGCAGCAGGUGCAUACAAAGAAAGACCGUUCGUUUUUCGUCGGUUGAAAGGAAUUUAAAACUUUCUUCUCUCGAAAUGCAGCUUUAAGUAAUCGCAACCUUGAAGCCCAGUGUAAUAUCUACAUUUAUUCAUCGUUCCAAAUGUCAUGGGACUUUGUACGAGACGGCAUUUUGUUUUAACAAUAUGCAUUUUGCAACUGCUCUGCACAGUGGAGAGACAGGUGUUCGAUUUCCUGGGAACUCUGUGGGGUCCGAUUUUAGCAAAUUUUUUCCAAAUAAUAUUUGUUAUUUUUGGAUUUUUUGGAACACAUCAGUUUAGACCAAAAUAUGUCAUUGCUUAUUCAAUAUGGAGUGCCCUCUGGAUUGGUUGGAAUAUUUUCAUCAUAUGUUUCUACUUGAAUGUCGGACUUGACAAGACUGCUGGAUAUGUUCUCAACUGGAAGGACUCCGGAAGUAUGAGUUGGUGGGCAGUGAAUGGAUUUGGUUGUCGGCCAGUACUAUCAAAUACUGCUGAUCCAUCAACUGACUUUAUCGGACCGGACUCCGUGACUGGAUGUCUUCUAAAUUAUGAAUAUGUUGAAGUUCUUCAUGCUGCCAUCCAAAUUAUUCUUUCUGUUUUGGGAGGCUGUGGAGCGAUUCAUGUCCUAAGGAUUUUGGUGGAUGAAGACGACAGUUCAUCAAGUAAGAAAGGUGGUGCUGCAGUUCGUCCAGCUUCGUUGUACUCAAUUGAGUACACACCUCAUCCUCAUGAAACCGAUCGGAAUGAUGAGCAGUUCACAGAGGAGGAUGAAGACGAGAGCUUGGAUGGCAACCCGAGAAGCCAUGGAACAUUACCAGGUGGUGCAAGACUACCAGGGCCUCAACUUUCUCCUCGGCCCAUGACACCAAGGCGUGUCAAGAGGCGUAGUGUCAACUCUAGGGGCACAUCAGGCUUUAGCAGUGGAGGCACCUUGAGGGGAGCUUCUUCUCACAGCCAGCAUCCACCAACUUUACAGAGAAGGCAAGGUGGGGGUGGCACAUCUGCAAGAUCUUCAUUAAGGUCAUCAGGCAGGAAAAACAGAUCUCAACCUCAGCAUCAGAACCCAGUGACAAGACUUCUCAUUCAGCAGCAGCAGCAACAGCUUCACCAUCACCUGCCACCUCAACUUCCUCCACAGCUGCCCCACCAACUACCUCCACAAUUACCACCUCAACUGCCACCGCAGCUACCCCCAUCUCACAGCAUGGGAAGAUUAGCAAUUCCAUCGUAUUCUGGUGGCCUUGGAGAUUCUACCACUUCUAAUGAAUCUAGACCUGGAUUUGUGGAGUCAACAUCCCACACAGAUUUGUUAAUAUCACAAGAGAAUCCCCCAUCCAGUGCUAUGAUUAUGGGCACCAACAACUGGAGAAAAUCGGGACAUGUGAACCCUCUUUAUCAGCAGAGCUCUAAUCAAUCUCUGGCUAAUCAUGAUGAUGAUGAAGAUGACACAUAUAACCGACCUCCGUCUGCUCGGUCGAGUUACUCCAACUAUCAUGGAGCUCGUGCUCUUGGUCACCUCAGCCCCUCCAACAACUAUGGGCAGGCAACUGCUCAGGUGCCUGUCGUCAACUCCUACCGACGCAGUCAAAAUAGCGGAAGACAAUCUUUAAGAAAUGCUGCUUUCUUAAAUAGUGGACCUCCAGCGUACCGCUCCCAAGGAAAUCUAGACUCAGAAACAGUCAUAUGACAGUAGGGAGAACACUCGGGUACAGUCAGAAAAGUGGGAACAGCAGGGGCAUUUGUUUUGUUUCCCUCAAUCACAGUUUAAUGGUGACUAUAUGUGUGAAGAGUUAUGGUAAAUUACAGUUGAUAUCAAAAUGAAUUACAAUCUUGAAGUUUGUUGUCAUGAUCACAUUUAAAAAUUUAGACUUGCACCUUGUAUUGGUGAAUGACAUUCGUAUCCCGUCUUUUUCACUGAACCCGUGGUGUUCUCUAGCAUUGUUCAUCUAAGUCAAGGGUACACACCCUAAUUGAGGAACUAUGCACCAUUUGCUGAUAGGAGGCAUUUUUCAUGGAAAUUGAGCUUUUCUUAUAAGCAUAUUGCUUUUACUUUUCUUAACGGUGAAUUAAAAGUUUUGAAAGUGUACGGAAGAAAUGUUAGUAUCAUGGAAGAAAAUUUUAAGAUAUGACUGAUCCUCUGAAUGAACUGAAGUAUGUAACCUUCAAGUCAAUAUAGCACUUUUAUGAGAUUUGUAAUUUAUUUGUAUAAAAGAUGUUGUUUUCCUUGCCUCAUAAUUAUAUCUUAGCUUCUUUAAUCAACAUGAACUUGUUCUUUGAAUUUGCAGUUUGCAAAUGAGACUCUUUGACACAAUGUGUCACAUGUAUUUUGAUCAAUUUAACUAUAGUUGCGUUCUAAAAGCAAAAAUGGAAUUAAUGUCUAUAUAUGACAGUAUUGUAUUUUUAAUUUCACUUAAAAAUCAAACAAACAUACAAAAAAAAUACUGUAUCUGUGUUUUCAUUUUGUUUGUCAAAUGUUGUCGGUGAAUAGUUAAGGAAACUGAUCUCGCUAGCUUAUGGUAUAUUUGUUGCCAUAAGCCAUCUUAGUCAUAGAUCUACAAAUUAUUCUAGGUACCUAUUGACUGAGUGAUUCAUAGUUUAUCACUGCCGUGGGAAGGACUUGCACAUGGCAGCAAUUGGGGAUUGGUUUUUGUUGACUGUGGGCCCUAACCACAAGUGUUGGAGCCGUUCUCCAAUCUCUUUCAUGUGCAGCCCAACCCACUAACUUUUUAUGCAUCAAUCAAAUUAUGUUGGCUUUAAUGUGUAGAGCAUGACAGUAUUUUUACAUAUUACAUUUACCAUGUGUCUUGAAAUCAGGUAUAGAUUUUAAUUGCUGUUAUUUUAUUAAUUUGAUGUUUUCUCUGUAAUAUAGUGUAAAGAUUUUAUUACCA